CUCUACAAUCAACUACGCUUAUUAACUAUAAAUAAAUUCCACAAUGUCCAGAUCAGGUGUUGCCGUUGCCGAUGAGUCAUUGACUGCCUUCAACGAUUUAAAGUUGGGCAAGAAGCACAAGUUCAUCAUCUACACCUUGAACGACAGCAAGACAGAAAUUGUCGUCGAAGAAACCUCCAGUGAAACCGACUACGAUGUAUUCUUGGAAAAGUUGCCAGAAAACGAAUGUAAAUACGCCAUCUACGACUUCGAGUACGAGAUUGGUGGAGGUGAAGGCAAGAGAUCUAAGAUUGUUUUCUUCACCUGGUCGCCAGACACCGCUCCAAUCAGAGCCAAGAUGGUGUACGCUUCUUCCAAGGAUGCCUUGAGAAGAGCCUUGAACGGUGUUGCUGCCGAUGUCCAGGGUACUGACUUCUCUGAGGUUGCCUACGAAUCGGUUUUGGACAGAGUCACCAGAACUUCCCACUAAGGAAGUGUUUUUUUAGUAGUAUUGUUCGAUAUUGAUUUCUUGAAUACACAUUGUACUAGAG